AGCAUGUGAUAUUCCUAAACAUCAAUGGAAACCGUUGACUGAAGAGGAAAGGACAUCCCAGUACUUUUAUUUGGAAAGAGCGGUUUUGGGAAUUUCCUUGGAAUAUUUAGCCUUUUCCUAUGCAGAGAAAUCCCAAUAGGCCUGCUGAUGACUGGAACUCAAGGUAUGUGUCCCAGUAGCUUUCCUAAAGCUAGUUUUUGUCAAAAAGGAGGGAAUUUCUUUCCCUUAUGGAAGAUGAGGGAAGAAGGCAGCUCGAGUUAAAAAAAAUGUAGAGCCUAACAUUGUCGAAGUGGCAUUAAUGUUUCAGCCAUGUUGACGUUCAUCAGAAUGAAGAAUAGCUUUUGGUUGUUGAACAGUGGAAAAAAUAGAUGAGAAGAUCAAUGAUCAGCAGGCUGACACAGCACAUUAAAGGGGAAUGGAAACACUUUAGGACGUAAAGCUACACAACAAGAUGUAUUCAAUCCACUAACAGUAAACAUGUGUAAAGCCUAGUGUUUCCCUUCCCCUUUAAAGCUGGAAUCCUUAAUGGUGACACUGCCACGUCCGCUUGGGAUAGGCUACUACAACGACAAAGAAGUUACUACAAACAACUAACUCUUGUUUUUUCCCCCUCUGACAUUGCACACGCGAUAGAACAGCAGAAUAUGUACUGCACAUAUUUUUUUACCACGUUGCUCGACGCAUCUCGCCUCCAUUAGGUCCACAUAACAAAAACAAUAACAAAGGUGCUGCGGCGGACAGUGACGCUUUUCCCCCUAAUGCAGAUUCCAUCUUUAAGACGUUCUCAUCUUGCUGGGCCUUGCUGUAGAUGCCAUGUGAAAGUAGACUGUUACAGUGAAUGGACACAAGUACAGAUGUGGUAGAUACAUUUGCACGCAGCCUCUUAUCUAUGUACGCACAGGCAGUAUAGACUAUAGACACACACGUCACACACACACUGGUGUGACCUUGGAAGGCUGAAUGCUAGAGGCGGGAGAGUGAUAAGCGAGUGUUGGCUGACCCACUUCAGACAGAAAAUGUAGUGCCCUAGAGGAGGAAGUGGGACUGGGUGUGUAAUAGUGUCAUGGUGUGUGAAUGUUUGCUACUAUGCUCGUCUAUGUACUCCUAGCCGUAGAUGUUUGAAACUGCAACAGUGGAUGUGCAUGUUGGACUGCAUCUGUGGUGGUAGGUAGUCUGAUAUUACAAUAUUAGGCCUUGUGUUCCAUUAGCCUAUGGGCCAAUCUGCUUGUGGCACGGGGUGUUUUAUCUAUAGGGUGUUUUUGGAUGGUUUGGGGGUGCCUGCUUGUUGACAGUGACACACAAUAUCUGUGCUGAGUCUUGGGAUGUCACUCCUCUGUUUGUCUGCUUAAUGAUGGAUGAACAACACCGUUAGACUCACUCAUCACUCUGUGUAUUACCUUAAGGACACAAUGGAACAUACACGUCACUAUGUGUGUAAGUGUGCACGUCUGUGUGUGUGCAACAUGGAUGUCACUGUGUGUGUGGGGAACAUGCAUGUUGCUGUGUGUGUAUUUGUGUGUACCUGCUCAACUGUUGGCCACAGCGUCUUCUCAUUGAAAUCGGGCCUGCACAUAGCCAUACCUUUCAGUAUGGCUUGCAAUAAGUCGAACAUGGGGUGAGAUGAGGAAGGGGAACGGGAAAACACAUUAGGGGACUUUCAGUGAUAGGCAAGGAGAAUGCAGAUAUGACCGCUGUUGACACUUUUUUUUAGGUCAGGUAUUAGUUAGAGCAAGGGUUUGAAUAGUUUCUCGCUGUAGGCGAGAUUAGCCAUAGUGGUACACCAGUGUUGGGUUAAUGUUACAGGGUUUGUGUUAUAGCUAUGAGGAAGGGACUUUCUCAAAUGAAGCAAUCUCUCAAUCCUAUCCAUUUGGGAUACUUUCCCUCCAUGCUAGUAAUGUUUUCUCUAUUAUGUUUUGGGUGUUGCAGGAUGCAAAGAGAAACUGCCUGCAUAACACAACCUCCUAAUGUGAGGGAAAUACUGGUGAUGUAUCAUCAUUUCAGAGUGGGUAGGGAGUUGUGUGGGUAGGGGGUUGUCAGUGGUGCCAAUAAACUGGUGGUGACUGAAUUCUUUCACCUUUCCUCUUCCUUAGUUUUGUGCUGAUUGGGCAAAUGCUGCCACAUAGGCCCGUGAUUGGUGGAGUUGAGGGUCACUGACGGGCACUUAAGGGUGGGUGAUAUGGAAAAAAAUUAAUAUCACAAUAUUUUCCACUGUCCUGACGAUAACGAUAUAAUAUCACGAUAUACUUUUAAAAAAUGUUUAAACAUUUUAUGAGCCCUUCAAAGUUAAAUGACUGUUUUACUUCUGUGGUAAACCUGUGCAAACAUGAAACAUAAACAAAGGUAUAUGAGUUAAAUAAAUAUUUAAAGUAGUCAGGAUGUAAACUUUUUCCUGCCAAAUAUAAGAAGUGCUGUCUUUUUUCAGCAUAACACCAGUCAUUAUGAAUUCAAGUUGUAAAAACCUUUUCAAAUUAACUUCAAGCAUUAACCAGACAGUCUGUAUGUUUCUCAGUUCAGCAUGUAACAAUUCACUGCCUCCCUCUUCACAAGUUCCGUGCCAGGAACACCAGCCUAUUGACCGUUUCUGGCUUCAAAGUUGCCCUGUGGCAUGUGACCACAUUGCCCCCAGUGCUAAAUGCUCUCUCAGAGGGCAAACUUGUGGCACGGAUGCAUACGUAUUUCUUUGUCAGACAACUCAAUUGUGGGAAGUUGGAUGCGUGAACUCGCCACCACUCCAAAGGAUCAGCCUCACUGUCUGCUGCCAUCAUCAGAGUGUAGCUGUCUAGCUCUUGCUCGAUAACCUGUCUCUGGGUUCUUACGGCAGGUGCACUACUGGUUUUCUUAAAGAAGCUCCAGAGGCUCUUCUUGGACUUCUUUGCUGAUUGUGGAGCAGUGGCAGCUUCUUUCUCUCCCUCACUCACUCUGGUCCUCUUCAAAAGAGAAGUCUCCCAUGGCUGUGUUCCCUACCAGGAGGGCAUCUGUCUCGGAGGCAGCUCUCACGUUCACCUCCACCAGCUUCUCAGUGGUCUUGAACCUUGGGUCCAGGAAGGUAGCCAUGGUGAGCAGCUCAUCUGUUUCAGGGUCAGUGUAUUUGUCAUUCAGGUAAUUGAGGACCCUCAUCUUAAUCUCUCCGGUCAGUUUGGCUUCGCCCUCAUUUGAUUUCAGAACCUCCUUCUUUAACAAAUGGAGGACCGGCUUCAGAUAGGACACACUCACGUAUGUCUCUCCUGACAGGGCAUCUGUGAAAUCCUGGAGGGGCUUAAGUGCUGCCGUGAUAGAUUCAAUGACCUCAAUGUCUUGCCAGGAGGGUGCAAGGUGACGUGUUUUUUUGCCUGCUGCCAGGACUCGUGUGAUGGCCUUUUCCUACUCCAGGACUCUUUCCAUCAUCUGCAGUCGAGAUCCCCACCUUGUCGGGGAUUCCGUGAUGAGCUUGUGGAGGGGCAGGCUCAGUUUAUCCUGUGCACUUGUCAGGGCCUUCUGCUUCUUCCAACUAUAGGAAAAUGUGCUGACCACUUUCUUGCACACUCCUGUGGCCCGGGAAACCUGAGGUUCGUUUUGGACACUCCUCUCUGCAAAAUAAAAUUGUGAAAAAUAAUUACAUAUGAAUCCCAAUUAUUCAAUAGAAAUAACAUAGCAUCUGCUGUAAUUACAACAAUUUACUUAAUGGACACUGGACAUGAUUACAAAUGUAAUCCAUCUAUAGAUUUACAAACAACUGUUGUGAUUGAGAGCUAUGUUGCUUUAGAAAACGGGAUCAUUUAUUGGGUAGGCUAUUAUUGAAUGAUAGAUUCAAAUAUUGAAACCAUAGGCUAAUGUAUCAAUUAUAAAUAAAAGCAAUGUAAUCCACGUAAUGUUUGGAUAUUGCACACAUUUACAAAUUACAAAUAUUCUAGAUUUGCAUAGCUGUAUAUAUCCGGCUUAACGUAUAAAAAGUAUCAGGCAGUGUAGUCAGCUCUAACUUUAAACAGAGGAGAUAAGGAAUACAACAGUUAUUCUGUAUUUUAUGUUGUUUUUAAGUGACGUUAUAUUUCUACCUUGCUCUGUGUUUUGGACGUUGAAACUUACCAAUAGCAAUGUGUAGCCUUGUGUCCGAAACACCCUAGUCUUGUCCAUUUGUUCAGCUCCAAUGCUUUGACCAUGUUCAAUCCGCUGUCGGUAGUCAUACAUACUUGAGGAGACUCUUUCAAGCCCAAGGAUGAAAGUGCCUCCCUCAGCCCAGCUGCAAUUAUUUCUCCGGUGUAGUCGUCUGGGAAAUUCGAGGUCUGAAGGCAUUUGCUUUGCAGAUUCCAGUUUCGUCAAUGUAAUGAAUCGUGAGGCUAAUGUAUGGCUCUGUGGUCCGGCUUGACCAUAAUUUUUAUAAUUUUUUUCACCUUUAUUAAGUCGGCAGUGGUAGAGAAGAAUGCAGCGUUACGGAUUUCGUUGGCAGCUGUGUCCCGACAUGCUGUAUAGAGUUCUGGCAGACAUGUUUUGCUGAAGUAUUUACGGCUCGGGAUGUCGUAUUUUGGGACUAGAGUUCGAAUCAACUUUCUGAAACCAUCUUUCUCCACAGUUUGAAUUGGUUCCAUGUCUUUCGCUAUGUGAUACCUAAUUGCACUCGUUUUCUCAUUCCAUUUCUUGCUCUUCUUGUCAUAGGGAGUACCACUAACGAAUGAUGCCUUGAGUGACAGCUGAGUGCGGGUCUGGCUUGAAGAUGUCUUGGGACUUGCUCUGCUGCUCCGGGGAUUUGUAGCACGCAUUCUGGUAGAUUCUUCAUAUUCGCGCACAUGCAGGUUUUCAGGUGGUGAAAAAGAUUGCUGGUGUUUCCACCUUUGGCUAGCACAAUGCGUCGACACAACUUACACAGUACUGUUUGUUGGUCGAGGUCGGAUAUCUUAAAGACAAACCAGUUCCAAACGACAGACGAGGCCCCCUUUUUUCGAACCAAUUCUUCCUCGUCCUGCAAAUCAACCUCAAUAGCUUUAUUUUCCUUGUCUUCAGUCAUCCUCAAUGCUUGAUUCUCUGCAGUUGCGCAUGCUUGUUUGUUGACUUUGAUUGGCAGGCAGAUUGCGUGUAACGUCCAUGCUUCUAGUUUUUUUUCUUUGCUAAAAAAAGGCUAUGUUUCUAGUAAAAUAAACAAUUUGAACUAGCCCAAUAGGCUGUAUCACUCGACAGAAAUUCUGAACGGAAAAAAACCCUGCCUUUAUUUCAUACAUAAAUGUAUCAUGAUAUGGCAAAAUCCAUAUCAUGGCACAACGUCAUACCGGUAUUCACAUUGUGUCCCAAACGGCAACCUAUCUGCUAUAUUGUAAGGAAUAGGGUGCCAUUUGUGAUGUGACCACUACAAGAAAGGGGCUCCAUUAGGUUAUUGACGUCGUCUGCUAGUCAGCGUCUCUCAAGCUUUGUGUCAUGAUGCAUCAAUGUACAGUGGGGGAAAAAAUUAUUUAGUCAGCCACCAAUUGUGCAAGUUCUCCCACUUAAAAAGAUGAGAGAGGCCUGUAAUUUUCAUCAUAGGUACACGUCAACUAUGACAGACAAAUUGAGGAAAAAAAUUCCAGAAAAUCACAUUGUAGGAUUUUUUAUGAAUUUAUUUGCAAAUUAUGGUGGAAAAUAAGUAUUUGGUCACCUACAAACAAGCAAGAUUUCUGACUCUCACAGACCUGUAACUUCUUCUUUAAGAGGCUCCUCUGUCCUCCACUCGUUACCUGUAUUAAUGGCACCUGUUUGAACUUAUCAGUAUAAAAGACACCUGUCCACAACCUCACAGUCACACUCCAAACUCUACUAUGGCCAAGACCAAAGAGCUGUCAAAGGACACCAGAAACAAAAUUGUAGACCUGCACCAGGCUGGGAAGACUGAAUCUGCAAUAGGUAAGCAGCUUGGUUUGAAGAAAUCAACUGUGGGAGCAAUUAUUAGGAAAUGGAAGACAUACAAGACCACUGAUAAUCUCCCUCGAUCUGGGACCCGUGGGGUCAAAAUGAUCACAAGAACGGUGAGCAAAAAUCCCAGAACCACACGGGGGGACCUAGUGAAUGACCUGCAGAGAGCUGGGACCAAAGUAACAAAGCCUACCAUCAGUAACACACUACGCCGCCAGGGAUUCAAAUCCUGCAGUGCCAGACGUGUCCCCCUGCUUAAGCCAGUACAUGUCCAGGCCCGUCUGAAGUUUGCUAGAGUGCAUUUGGAUGAUCCAGAAGAGGAUUGGGAGAAUGUCAUAUGGUCAGAUGAAACCAAAAUAGAACUCUUUGGUAAAAACUGAACUCGUCGUGUUUGGAGGACAAAGAAUGCUGAGUUGCAUCCAAAGAACACCAUACCUACUGUGAAGCAUGGGGGUGGAAACAUCAUGCUUUGGGGCUGUUUUUCUGCAAAGGGACCAGAACGACUGAUCCGUGUAAAGGAAAGAAUGAAUGGGGCCAUGUAUCGUGCGAUUUUGAGUGAAAACCUCCUUCCAUCAGCAAGGGCAUUGAAGAUGAAACGUGGCUGGGUCUUUCAGCAUGACAAUGAUCCCAAACACACCGCCCGGGCAACGAAGGAGUGGCUUCGUAAGAAGCAUUUCAAGGUCCUGGAGUGGCCUAGCCAGUCUCCAGAUCUCAACCCCAUAGAAAAUCUUUGGAGGGAGUUGAAAGUCCGUGUUGCCCAGCGACAGCCCCAAAACAUCACUGCUCUAGAGGAGAUCUGCAUGGAGGAAUGGGCCAAAAUACCAGCAACAGUGUGUGAAAACCUUGUGAAGACUUACAGAAAACGUUUGACCUGUGUCAUUGCCAACAAAGGGUAUAUAACAAAGUAUUGAGAAACUUUUGUUAUUGACCAAAUACUUAUUUUCCACCAUAAUUUGCAAAUAAAUUCAUUAAAAAUCCUACAUUGUGAUUUUCAGGAUUUUUUUUUCUCAUUUUGUCUGUCAUAGUUGACGUGUACCUAUGAUGUAAAUUACAGGCCUCUCCCAUCUUUUUAAGUGGGAGAACUUGCACAAUUGGUGGCUGACUAAAUACUUUUUUCCCCACUGUAUCAGAGACCUCUACUGCUCUGCUCUGAGCUCUCUUGAGUAAUCUGGAUGGAGUCAUCACUGUGAGGUUUUCCACACAUCUUCAUGUCAUAGUUUCACAUUUUGAGUGUGCACUGGGCAGUGAAGAUAUUUGCUGUUAUGAUAAGGACUGCUCCUCCUUCUAGAAUACAUUUUAGAAGUCACUGAAGAGCCUCAGUGUGUGUGUGUGUAUACAGGUCUCUUUGAUUCUGUGCAGUUUAUACAUGGCUGAUUGAGCGUGAGUCAGUGUGCCGCUAUGCCAGCAUCAUUUAUUUGUAUCUCUUCGUUGGUUCCAAUUUGAUAGUGAUUUUCCUCUCAUGUUUACCACCUCCUCCGCAGCAGCAGCAGCCAACCCUGAGCUGUGAGUCAGAAGAGGAGAAGCUGGACGGAUGGUAAGCUCUUUUUCUCUCGCUCUGUUUCUACUCUUUCUUGUCAACUGUUUCUUCUUGCUCUCUCCUUUUCCCUCUCGCUUUCUUCCUCCAAAUCUCUCUCCCUCCCCUCCCUUUAUCCCCCUCUCUCUUUCGAUCUAUCUAUGCUGUUGAUAAGCGAAAGAUAGUCUUUAUAUAAAGGACUCUCUGAGCUCAGCUCUGACAGCCCCGCUCACAGCUCCAUGUUUGAUUCUGAGGCCAAAGCUCUCUACAGGGAGAACAUGGUGCAAUUCUUGGUGCCUCCGGCAGAUAAGACCACCUGAUAAAACUAUAUAUUAAUUAAUAUUUUAGUGCUCACUCACCAUCCUUUUAAUAUUAUUUAGCUACUAUACUUUUAAACUCAUUCGAAAUCCUAAAAGGAUACAUGGUUUCUUUCACCCAUUUAGUAAAGAAAUAGUUUCUGAAAUGCUGUGUGUCUUAUAUUAGACAACAAUGUAAAAGGACGGUCUGAGUGUCACUUAGGCCUACUGUCUGAGUGAAUAAUUAAGGCAAUGUUUUUUAGCCUCUGCCUGACCAGGGAACCACAGAUUAGGCUAGUUACCCAGGUCCUGUGACGUGACACGCUUCUGUCCUCUAAAAGUGAAUUUGCAGUCUGAUACACUAAAGUGCCACAGUGACAGUAUCUAUGGAAACUGUACAAUAAACCCCAGCAUUUCAGAAAUUAUGUUUUUGGAAAAUAAUUCAUUUAGCAUGACACCCAUCAUUGCUGUAGAUUAGGCUAGUACAGUAGAGUUGUUUAGCAUGACACCCAUCAUUGCUGUAGAUUAGGCUAGUACAGUAGAGUUGUUUUGUAAGUGGGUUUAGCCAUAUCAGACGUUGUGGUUUGGUUCAUAGGAUUUCUCUGAGAACAUUUACUAAUAUUGCCAUUAAGAAUAUUUGGACAUAAUAAAACAAUUUGAGUCAACUAAUAACUCAAGCCUCAAUGUCUCAAAGCUGACCCUAGUUCAACGACUGUCUGCUCCUUUGUGUAAUCAUAGUUUUAAUUCUGCUACUUUCUUAUGUCUUGUCCACUCACUGCUGCAUGUCAUAAUCCAUUUUAUUUUCCUCCUUGUGUUAGACGAGCAUGACUUUGAGCCAAUCUGCAGAUGCAUGCACAGGGCCCAGUGCCAUCCCCCCUGCUUCCUGGCUUUGAAGCUGCCUCUGAGAGGGGGUGUGGUGUUGGGACGUAGCUAGACCCUCGCACCCCCAGUGUUGACCCUGUGGCUGAGCGUCAGCCUGGCGCCCCCUGAUGGAUCAGGCUAGCAGUGAGCAGAGUCCUGAGGAGCCGGAAGUGGGAGGCCGGGCAGAUCCGGAGGUGGGCCGGCGGGCGUCUGAGUCGGAGCACGGCCUGUCCAAAAUCACCCACAAUGCACUGGAGAACAUGGGCGCGCUGGGCCACGGCCUGAAGCAGCUCUUCCAGCCGCAACGCCGGCGCUCGUCCGUCUCCCCGCACGACGCCGCCGCCUCCUUCUCUACGGGCGGGCCCGCCCCUGAGCCCCCGGACGGUGGGGGGCCAGAGGUUGGGGACGCUCCCGCCCCCUUGCCGCCCGGUCCGGACUCUGACCCCCAUGCUACUUCCUCCGCUCCCCCUGCAGCUCUGAGCCGCGUUCUGCAGCAGAUCAGAAGUGCGCCCCCAAUGAUGAAGCGAGGGACCAGCCUGCAGAGCCGCCGCAGCAAGACUGGGGGGACCGGGGACCCCCCUCAGAAAGGCAGCCCCCAGAUCCACCGGAGGAGUACCCAGGAGGUGAUGCUGCUGCAGGCUGGCCGCCCGCGUUCCUCCUCCACCACGGACACGCUCACCAGCCCUGCCCUGGCCGACAUGCUGCUCACAUCCGGGUACCACUCCACUGAGGAGCCUGACCGGGUGAGUUUAACCCUAACCCUAACCCCAACCCUGGCAGACAUGCUGCUCACCUCCAGGUACCACUCCACUGAGUAGACUGACCAUGUGAGAUUAAACUAGGGGACCUACCCACUGGGACAGACAGGCCACUGCAAAGCUUUUUACGUAAAUAAAAAACAAGCUGCUACUACUAUAGAAACAGAAGAAAUGGAAGCACAGUUGGAAGGUCAGAAUUCAUGACUUCUUGUAAUUAAAUUAAAUUGGUCAGAUUUCGGCUAACUGGCUUGCUGUCCUCUGGAUGUUAUUGGAUGAAGGAGUGAAAGGCGCUGUCAGGGCUGGCGGGUCAGAGAGAGCAAUAGUGUGUGUGUGUAGGUGACUAUGUGCUCUAAGCUUUUCUAUAUUUAGCUGUGGCCUGUGGCUGUCUCCAAGUGUACUUUAGGUCAGCCAGCGAAGGCUUGCCUUGCAGGCCAAAACAAGCUCAAAGUUUGAAGAACGUAUCGUUGCCUUACAUCAUUGACACUGUUCUAUAGCCCUCAAGAUAUAAAAUGGUCCUCACUGGAAUUUCUCACAUCCAGUGAAAUGUGUAAUGUGCAAUAUUUUGGCAAUGAAUGAAUACUGACUUGUAGCAGGUAAAUGAUCAAAUCCUUUCAAAGUCCUUUACACUGUUAGGCUUGAGUGUUGAACUCAUAGACAACUAGUAGAGCUAGCCCCUUAUUGUGUCUGAGGUAUACCCAUCAUGCACAGUGCAUAUCCCUGGCAGUCAUCUCACAAUGCUUGAUGACACCACCAAGCCUUUUGAGAAGUAUGGGUAUGAAUCUGACUGUUGGAUGGAUAAGGCUAAGCUGUCUGUUGCACCAACAGUAGAUAGUAAUCACCAAACUGUGUAUACUGCAAUCAACUGUCCUUACAAGAGCAGCUAUCAGCCUAGGGUCUAACUAGCAUCGGGACGUGGCUGUGGUUGAGUGACUCAGUCGACAGUCUGUCAUUCUUAGAGAGAGCAACAGUCCUGUCUACUGCCUGGCUGUUACACAAGCUGUCUGAGCUGACACUGACAGUGAUGGAAAGGGGGAUGUACUCGCAACCCCACUGUGGUGGCCUACGUCUUUCCCAACUCCCAAGAACAGCACAGAACCCCUCUCUGCACAGUUGAUUCUCUUCUGACCUCUAACACUGCCGUUCCAGAAUCUGUUUAUAGCACAUUUAUUUGAGAACAUACAGUGCCUUCAGAAAGUAUUCACACCCCUUUACUUUUUCCACAUUUUGUUGUUACAGCCUGAAUUUUAAAUGGAUUACAUUUAGAUGUGUCACUGAUCUACACACAAUACCCCAUAAUGUGUAAUUUUGUUUGUAGAACAUUUUAGAAAUUAAUACAAAAUUAAAAGCUGAAAUGUCUUGUCAACAAGUAUUCAAGCCCUUUUGUUAUGGCAAGCCUAAAUAAGUUUAGGAAUAAAAAUGUGCUUAACAAGUUACAUGGACUCAUUCCAUGUUCAAUAAAAGUGGUUAACACGAUUUGUAAUAAUGACUGCAUCUAUGUACCCCAUACAUACAAUUAUCUGUAAGGUCCCUUAAUUGAUUAGUGAAUUUCAAUCACAGAUUCAACCACGAAGACCAUGGAGGUUUUUCAAUGCCUCGCAAAAAAUGGCACUGAAGAUGUGUAAAAUAAUGUUUAUAUAAUAAAGCAGACGCUGAAUAUCCCUUUGAGCAUGAUGAAGUUAUUAAUUAGGCUUUGGAUGGUGUAUCAAUACAACCAGUUACUACAAAAAUACAGGCGUCCUUCCUAACUCAGUUGCCGGAGAGGAAGGAAACUGCUCAGGGCUUUCACCAUGAGGCCUAUUGUGAUUUUAAAACAGAGUUUAAUGGUUGUGAUAUGAGAACUGAGGAUGGAUCAACAACAUUGUAGUUACUCCACAAUACUAACCUAAAUGACAGUGAAAAGAAGGAAGCCAAAACAAGCAUCCUGUUUGCAACAAGGCACUUAAGUAAUACUGCAAAAAAUGGGGCAAAGAAAUUAACAUUUUGUCCUGAAUACAAAGUGUUAUGUUUGGGGCAAACACAACACAUUACUGAGUACCGCUCUUCAUAUUUUCAAGCGUUGUGGUGGCUGCAUCAUGUUAUGGGUACGCUUGUCAUCGGCAAGAACUAGGGAGUUAUUUAGGAUAAAAAUAAGCAGAAUACAGCUAUAAACACAGGCAAAAUCCUAGAGGAAAACCUUGUUCAGUCUGCUUUCCAAUAGACACUUGGAGACAUUCACCUUUCAGCAGGACAAUAACCUAAAACACAAGGCCAAAUCUACACUGGAGUUGCUUACCAAGACGACAUUGAAUGUUCCUGAGUGGCUUAGUUACAGUUUUGACUUAAAUCGGCUUGAAAGUAGCUGUCUAGCAAUGAUCAAGAAUCAAUUUGACAGAGUUUAAAGAAUUUUAAAAAAGAUAAUGAAAUAUAUUGUACAAUCCAGGUGUGCAAAGCUCUUAGAGACUUACCCAGCUCUUAAAGACUCACAGCUGUAAUCACCGCCAAAGGUGCUUCUACAAAGUAUUGACUCAGGGGUGUGAAUACUUAUGUAAAUUAGAUAUUUCUGUAUUUAAUUUUCAAUAAAUUAACUAACAUUUCAGAAAACAUGUUUUCACAUUGCAAUUAUGGGGUAUUGUGUGUAGAUGGGUGAGACAUUUUUUUAUUUCAUCCAUUUUGAAUUCAGGCUGUAACACAACAAAAUGUGGAAUAAUCAAGGGGUAUGAAUACUUAAGGCACUGUGUAAAAAAUAAAUAAAACAAAUGCUUGAGCCUUUGUCAUCUUCAGAGUUAUGUAUGAGGUGACACACACACACAGUCUGUAUGGCAUCCCUGUUUGAUGGAUUACUGCUCAGAUUAUACACAUGGAUUCCUCUGGGUUAAUAUAUGAAAGGUAUGUCCCAGCUGUUUUACACAUUAUAGGAAACCAGUCUGAGUAUAAUGGUAGGUAACAGAUAACCUUAUGAUUAUAGGGUGUUGGUAUUGGCUGGUUUAUUAUGUUAGUGUUCUAGUUUCAUAUACAUACAAGGUCUGAUGGGGGGCGAAGACAAGUUGCUUCAACCACAUCAAAUAGUAAACCUUGCUAGUGACCGUAGCAACUGGAGGAAGCUUGUGGUCGACUGUUUUGCAGCCUGAUGAUGAUAGUUUUUGAAAUGAUGAAACUCAAUACUGUUGAUAUAAUAGGCCUUCCUCUUCCAGCUCUUUUUACACUCUUCCUCAAUCUCACACGACAGUCUCUGAUCCCUUCUUUACAUCCUCCCUUUAUCUUCACUUCCUCAUUAGUUUCAUCAUUUUCAUCAGUUCAUCAGUUUCAUCAUUUUCAUCAGUUUCAUCAUUCCUCACAGCCCCCAUGGGGCGGGCGCACCAAUUGGUCCCAGCGUUCGUUAUAGGGUAGGGGAGGGAAUGGGCCGGCAGGGGAGUGUAGCUCAGUUUGUAGAGCAGGGUUGUGGGUUCGAUUCCCACGGGGGGUAUAAAAAAAAUAAAUAAAUAAAUAAAUAAAUAAAUAAUAAUAAUAAUGUAUGCACUAACUGUAAGUCGCUCUGGAUAGAGCGUCUGCUAAAUGACUUAAAUGUAAAUGUAAAUGUCAUUACUCUCUCUCUUUCCUUGAUCAGCUGGAUCGUCUGGACGGCUCCGGCCCAGCCGUAUCGCCCAACGCUAUUUCCUAUGGAGCCGAUGGCUACGGGCUGGACUCAGUGGACAGCACCCCCGACCCCCAGCGCACCAAACAGGCCAUCGCCCAGCUGCAGCAGAAGAUCCUCAAGCUCACAGAGCAGAUCAAGAUCGAGCAGAGGGCCAGAGACGACAAUGUGGCUGAGUACCUGAAGCUAGCUAAUAACGCAGACAAGCAGCAGAGUGCCCGCAUCAAACAGGUGUUUGAGAAGAAGAACCAGAAAUCAGCCCAGACCAUCCAGCAACUGCAGAGGAAGUUGGAGCACUACCACCGCAAGCUGAAAGAGGUGGAGCAGAACGGGAUCCCCCGUCAGCCCAAAGACGUGCUCAGAGACAUGCACCAAGGCCUCAAGGACGUGGGCGCCAAGGUUAGUGCUGUUAUGAACAUUUUAAUCACAUUUACUUUCCCUGUGAGCUGUUUUGUUAGUCAUCCCGCUUAUUUUUCACCACUGUCAUACUCAUUUCUACCACUGCAUCUGCUAAUGUGAGUACUACCACCACCAAAGUAUAAUUUGUGUGGUCUUAGCCACCUGUCCUUGACUCCUUUACAGAGUGGUUAGCAGUACACAGCUUCUAACAGAUUCCUAUCAACAGAAUUCAAUAGAACACAUGUAGAAUACGUAUCUCUCAGACCUGGGUUCAAAAAUAGUAUUUGAAAUCAUUUAUAAUGCUUUAGCUGGGCUUGAUUGAGCAUGAUUGGCACAAUGGAACCAAUAGAAUAGUUGCAAAACAUCAUACCCGGUCACUCUGUUUGAACCCAGAUCUAGUAUCUCUGUCCCUGUCCAUUAAGUAAGGGAUAAACGCAGAUGUUCUGUAGAUAACCUUGGAAAUAAUGGACGACUUUGCGGAGUUCAUUUUUCCAAGUUAAUGUACAUAACGAAGGCAUUUAUCCCGCUUUUACCACAGUUUCCAAAGAAAACAAUACUAAAGCACACAUUUACCGGUAGAAAUACAAUUGUUUUGUUUAUUUACUUCCUCAUCUUUUGGUUGCUAGGGACGUGACCCAGUUGUUCGUUCUAUAUGUUCCGUUGCCAUGCUCGCUGGCUAACACAGGCAUGACAUCUGCAGCCAGAAUAACAGCAAAGUAGCUGCAUUUGUGUUUAUUUAAGCUGUUUUCUAUUGACAUUAAUUAAGAUAUAUCCAUAACAAUGAUGGCCCGAUUUUUGCCUGGCAUAGCUAUAAAAGUUUGCCUUCUCGUCAGGACACUCAACACUGUUCAUUACGAGGAGAUUGCAUUGCAUAUCAAACACUAGGCUAGAAGCUAUCUAAAUCGUUUGUUGCUAGCAAACCUGCCAAUAUGACAACCAAAUUCAAAAAUACCUGUUGCUGAAAACAGCUGGUCAAACUACAAACGUGGGAGGAUUUGACAGCAUAGCGCCACUUGCGUCAUGACUGCAACAGUAGGGACCAGAGAAAUUCAUGUUCAUCACUCACCAUGUUAGUUCAUCAGAUGUUUCUCUGCAAAAACAAAUAAAUACCAGCUAGCUACAGUUUUUCCUCGUCGGACCUGUGUUUACAAUGUAUCCAAUUUCGGUUUGAGUGGUUGUUGGUUUAGCUUUUUGUAACUUUGUAGCAAGUACAGUCUGCAUGUGUAGGCGCAUAUUGCGUCAUGAAUGCAAGGUGUCCCGAUUUUAUCUUUUUCCAACUGUCCUGUUAUCUGGUUUUAAUGUCCAUUCUAGAAUGCCCUUCUAGCCAAUCGGAAACGAGUAUUCAACAAUGCUGUGGUAUAAUCUCCUUUAAUUCCCACCUUAGUCCCCACCCCAGUUAGUAACUGACCUGUCUUUCCCUACAGGUGACCGGUGGCCUCUCCAGCUUCUCCCAUGCCACUCACUCUGCAGCCGGGGCCGUGGUGUCCAAGCCCCGAGAGAUCGCCUCCCUCAUCCGCAACAAGUUUGGCAGCGCCGACAACAUUUCAUCCCUGAAGGACUCCCUCGACGAACCCCAGGAGGAUGGUCACGGUCUGGGGGGGGCUUCCAGCCCCAAGUACGGCAGUGAGGACGACUGCUCUAGCGCCAGCUCCGGCUCGGCGGGGGCCAACAGCAUCCCCGGGGGCCUGCCCAGCUCUAUUAAGGGUCUUAACAUCCUGGAGCCCGGCCAGUCAUUGGGCUUGGACACGCUGCUCCACGAGGUGCAGGAGCUCCGGGACAACCAGGGUCGGCUGGAUGAGUCGUUCGACAGCUUGAAGAGUCACUACCAGAGAGACUACACCAUGAUCAUACAGGCCUUGCAGGAGGAGAGAUACAGGUAGCCAGCCACUGCCACACACAACCUCGCAGGUACUACAUACUCUUUACCAAGUCCUCAUUUACAAAGGACACUGAAUGUCACUAAUACGCAUGUGAUAACCUGAAAUCUGCAGGUAUUUACCACCCCUCACUGCACUCAGCACUUGCUCAAAUCGCUCAUAAAUGCAAACCUCUUUUGUUAUUAAACCCUUUCCAUUCAAAAUAAUGUAUUAUUCUCACUCAGCAACAGCAAACAUCUCCACCAUCUUCAUGAAAGGAAGUGUGUGAUCGGUACAUGACCUCUGUGUGUCUCCAGGUGUGAACGUCUGGAGGAGCAGCUCAACGACUUAACAGAGCUCCACCAGAAUGAGAUCCUUAACCUGAAGCAGGAGCUGGCCAGCAUGGAGGAGAAGAUCGCCUAUCAGUCUUAUGAGAGAGCUAGAGACAUUCAGGUAGGUUGUUCCUCCAGUACUUGAAGGAAGGAUUAUACUUGACUUUUAGCUCCAAAGGGCCUCAACAGUGCGUCUCCAGUGAACCCAAGGUGUAUUCUUAGUCUGGGACAUUUUUUGUACUAUUAUCUUGCUACAUGGUACAGUAGAUGUGUUUCACACUGUGAUCCAUGGUCUUCUCAAUGAUAUGUGGUACAGUAGUUAUGUCUAGCCAUGUUUGUGCUGAAGUGUGUUGUUGACAUGCCACACUGUGUGAACCGUCUCUCCCCUCCCCCGUGUAGGAGGCGUUAGAGGCAUGCCAGACGCGUAUCUCCAAGAUGGAGCUGCAGCAGCAGCAGCAGCAGGUGGUCCAGCUAGAAGGCCUGGAGAACGCCACGGCCCGGACCCUGCUGGGCAAGCUCAUCAACGUGCUGCUAGCCGUCAUGGCCGUGCUCCUGGUGUUCGUCUCCACCGUGGCCAACUGCGUGGUGCCCCUGAUGAAGACGCGUAGCCGCACCUUCUCCACGCUGCUCCUUGUUGUCGUCCUCGCCUUCCUCUGGAGGAACUGGGAGGUCAUCUCCCAGUACUUGGACCGCUUCCUGCUGUCCCCGAGUUGACCUGCAGGGGGGCCUCUCUUAAUGAACGACAAAUGGAGGCAACGGAGCUCUUGUAACAAUGAGGGACGGUGACGAGGGGACUAACUAACCCAUGCACUGCCUCUGAUGCAACUGUAGUGGCGCCAGGCCAGCAUAAUGGGCGGGGCUUAGUGGAAAGGAGGAGCCAGGAUAACUGCACACCUUUAUUUCUCUCCAAGGAGUGAAUUUGUUUACACGUGGAAGAUGUUUGAGUUUUCUGUUUUAGAAUUGAUACAAGUGGUAUUGAAUUUGUUUCUUGCUCUCAUUAAAACAGAUUGAGGGCUCUCUCAUGGCUGGAUUUGGAUAAUGAACAGCUGGCAUUUUGCUGAUCCACAUGGCUAGUGUCCUCCCAGUUCUCUAACUCUAAAAUCUCUCCCUUUUCUUACUCCAAUGUUUGUCCCUCUUCUCGAUCACCCCAUUGCUUGUCUUUCUGGGAGGAUCGAUGGACAAAAUCAAACUGGAGCAGUGUGUUUUAUAUGGACGAGCUGGAAUAUGCUAGAGAAGACUGCCCUCUUGGUCCUGCCCCCUGCAGAAACGAACUAAUCUAUGAACAUACUUGAAGAGCUGUAACAAUGCUCACUGUGCUUCCAUUAGUGACAGUGAAAUAGUACUUUAUUUUUUUAAACAAAUAAACAUGCUGUUUUCAAAAAUGAACUGGUCAUGGAGUCAAAUGAAACCAUAACUGGAUGUUGCCUUUCUCAAAUCCAGGUCCACAGCACUAUUUUAUAGAUCUCAGGGCUGACGGGAGAAAAUAACCAGCAGCAACCCAACGCCUCAUUGUGCAAAAAGUUCAUACAUUCAAUAAAUCCAACGUAUGAGCCACAAAGCUCACAGCAUUCCAUUGGAAAUGAUUGACCUUCCAGUGUACCAAAACGCAAUGUCGGUGUGCGCAAGGCUUGAACCCCAAAUAAGCUUCUUACGCCAACGUCUGUAAACAGAAUGUAGAACACUAGCCUCAACAUGGUUUAAACUAUCAUUUGAAAGUGGAUUCUCCUUGAAUUCAUAGCUCAGUCUGAAUUAAUGGUUACGUUUCUCCAGCCCCAACCCUCAGCUUUUUAAAACCGGGGUGGGGAACACUUAAUUUAAAAUGCUUGUGGCAGUUAACUCAAACAUGCAAAAUGAUUACAGGCCUCGAAGCCAGUUCCAUUGCUCUCCAUCCCCUCUAAGGACAGAUUUAGACCAGGUACAACCACCAGCAGUCCUUCAGACCUCUUCAGUUAAGAUUUGAAUUUCCCUGCGCUAAAGGAACAGGGGAGACUACACUCCCCAUAAUUACAGCAGCUACAGUAAAGUACACAGCUCUACACUAAAAAGACACCACAACAACUUCAAAAAAAAUAAGCUUUAUUCAAAAAGAUAAGUGCAUCUUUAAAACCCACAUUUGGAUGAAAGGAGAACAGUCACUCAGCUGCUGCCUUCUUGCCUCGUUUCCCUGUGGUUCUAGCAGCAGGAGCCACAGUGUCCCCUUCAUUACCCCCCUCGCCCUUCUUGGCUGCCCCCUCGCCCUUCUUGGCUGCCCCCUCGCCCUUCUUGGCUGCCCCCUCGCCCUUCUUGGCUGCCCCCUCGCCCUUCUUGGCUGCCCCCUCGCCCUUCUUGGCUGCCCCCUCGCCCUUCUUGGCUGCCUUCAGUGCUUUGGGUUUGGGAUGGUCCUCAGCAGCCCCCUCAGCAGGCCUCUUUGCCUUGGGCUUCUUAGCAGGGGCCACCUUGGAGCCACCAGGACCCUUCUUGGGUUUUGCAUCCUUAAACAUGAAAAUGACUGUUAGAUUUGCGAUACAAUCACCCAUUGAAAAUGAGAGAUGA